CUAGGGCUACACUUGCACUACCACACGCGCUAUAUAUACUAUUCUCCUGAUAAAACUUAGGGUUUCUUCCUUAAAAACCCUAGCGGCAGCAGAUCCAGCUUCGUCGUCUCCAACUUAGAAUUUAGGUUUCCGAGUCCCAGGCUGUUUCAAUCAUGGCCGAAGUUGAAGCUGAUGUUGCCGUUGCAGGAGUUCCGAAGAAGAGAACGUUCAAGAAGUUCUCUUUCAGGGGAGUUGAUUUGGAUGCUCUCCUCGACAUGUCUACCGAUGAGCUUGUCAAGCUUUUUACCGCUCGAGCUCGUAGAAGGUUCCAGAGGGGUUUGAAGCGUAAGCCAAUGGCUUUGAUCAAGAAACUUCGCAAGGCGAAAAGGGAGGCCCCAGCAGGUGAGAAGCCAGAACCAGUUAGAACUCACCUCCGAAACAUGAUUAUCGUUCCAGAGAUGAUCGGAAGCAUCAUAGGUGUGUACAAUGGCAAGACCUUCAACCAGGUCGAGAUCAAGCCUGAAAUGAUUGGACACUACCUUGCUGAGUUUUCUAUAUCGUACAAGCCUGUCAAGCACGGUAGACCAGGUAUUGGUGCUACCCAUUCAUCUAGGUUCAUUCCUCUCAAGUGAAGGCUGCCAGUUUGCAUAUUCAGUAUUUUUGUUUCUAAGACUUCCAUGAAUUUUUGUUUUCUUACUUUUUGUCUUGCUUAAAAGAGUUUGAAUACUAUCUCUUUAGACCGGGGAACGUCGUUUAUAGUUUGAGAUUAUGCUGAUUAUUGAUCUUGGCCAAUAUUGGAAGCAUCUCUUUUUCCCCUAUUUUUUUAAUGAAUUAUAUGAUAUGAUUUUUGAUUGCU